AUGCCAAGAAAACAAAAACCCUCACGGGCAAAAAAAUCUUCGUCGACGACGCUCCAAUUAGCUCCUCCGUCAUGGCUUAAUUCUCUGUUUUCCCACUUUCGCUCCACUGGACCUAUUCAUCUUCCCACUUCCUCAGAUUCCUCUUCUUCAUCUCAGUCCUGCAUUUCGAAAAUAAUAUCAGCUCCAUAUCUCCUCCCUAAAUUACUCUAUGUUUUCCUAUACGGUGGCAUGGGUGCCGCGCUCCCUUUUCUUCCCAUUUUCUACAAAAAUUCACUUAAUCUGUCUUCCAGCCAGAUCGGAAUAAUUUUCUCGAUUGCCCCGUUUAUUGCUGCAAUAAGCUGUCCUUUAUGGACUGGACUUGCGGACAAGUUUCAAGCGCACAAGGCGAUUAUGCUCGUUACAUAUGUAGCUGCCGUGGCAAGCAUUGUUGCGCAAAUGUUGUUGCCGAGAGUCGAUGUUGCCGAGAAUGACGAUCAGUGGAACGAGCAAGAUUCGAGUGAGAGUUCCGGAAGAGGAUCGAUAAUGGCCUGGGUAUUGUUUGCGGCAAGUUGGUUUGCAUUCUUUGGAAUUCCUGUUAACGCCCUAGUCGAUAGUGGCGUAUUAAAGAUUUUAGGGGAUAAAAAAGAACUGUAUGGCGAACAACGACUCUGGGGCUCGGUGUCUUACGGUCUUUGCACAUUCUUUGUUGGUAUCCUGAUCUCAGCAUCAUCUAUAGAUGCCGUAUUUAUACUCUUCUACAUCUCGGCGAUUUUCUUUGGUCUCAGUGUAUUAUUCACGGAUUUCAAUUCCGCAUCCGCCUCCAAUCCCACAUCUCGACCUCUUUCUACAUAUUCCUAUCGCGCUCCCACGGCAUUUAAACCUCUUAUCGACAUUGACGACUCUGAUAAUGAUGCCGGGCGCUCGUCUCACAAGCCAUCUUCAGCAGUUAUGGUUUUGAUUACUAAUCCAUCGGUGGCGACAUUGCUAGUUACAAUGUUGUUGAUGGGAACAGCGAUGGCAAUAUGCAACGCAUUCUUGUUGAUAUUUUUGAGUGAGGAUCUGAAAGCGAGUUCUACCGUUCUUGGGUUAACUGGACCGAUGAGUGCGAUAACCGAGCUAUUGUUUUUCUUCUAUUCAAAGGAUCUCAUAAGCCGCUUUGGAAUUGCGCAAUUGAUAAUGUUUGCUCAUAUUGCGACCAUCCUUCGUGCAAUUACAUACAUCUUCCUCCAACCAAACAGCUUCUCACAUGUUGUUGCGUUGCUCGUCCAGUCACUCAACGGAAUGGCGUUUACCUCUCUGUGGGCGUCAGGCGUUACGCAUCUGACUAAUCUCUCUCCACCUAAUCUCGUAUCGUUCUCGCAAGGAAUGAUGAUGGCUGCAUUUGCGGGUAUUGGCACGGGCCUUGGGGGUCUUGCUGGCGGCUUAAUAUAUGAUAAUCUUGGUGCUCGUGCAAUGUUUGGAGCAGUCAUUUUUAUUACAAUUAUUUCUCUUAUUAUAUAUUGUUGGGGAGACGGUAUUCAACUGGCUCGUACUUCUUCAAAUAAUGCUCCUUGGAACCUUGUAGAAGGUUCUUCCGAUGAUCAGAGACAAAUUUCUGGUGUAAGAACAAUAUUGAGUGUUGAAACCGUGCAAAAUAAGAAAAAGCCACAUCGUCUUUUAUCCUGGAGCGACGAUGAUGACGACGAUGAAUACAGAUACGCUUGA